AUGGUUAGUUAUUUCUUCCAUAUUAUACGAGUAUUCAAGAAAUCUGUUACCUUGAUUAAUAAGACUGAGCGCAUUGGUUUUGUCAUUUAUUCGUGGAGGAAGUCCACCACCCACUUGGGAAGCAGAAGGAAAUCUGCCAUCUCAAUUUACAACUUACCAGAAGUUUCCUUGCAGAAAUAUGAUUGUCCCUUCAGUGGAACAUCAUUUGUGGUCUUCUCUCUCUUUUUGGAUGUAGUCUGUGCUCUCAUCAAAACUGUUAGGACUUGCCCAUUAGAACGCCCAUCUCCACUUCAGAGAUCUGUUUCUUUCAACUUUUUUACUGUCCAAAAAUCAUGUCCUGCCAAAGACUGGAAGGUGCAUAAGGGAAAAUGUUACUGGAUUGCUGAAACUAAGAAAUCUUGGAACAAAAGUCAAAAUAAAUGUGCCAUGAAAAAUUCAUAUCUCAUGAUGCUACAAGACGUUACUCUUAUGAUGACCACCUUUUUGCUGUACCUUCACAUGGCAUUUCUUCAAUGUACACACAUCUCUAAUGUCUCUGUGCAUCCAAAUUUCUUCUUCUUACAAGGACAUUGUCACAUUGGAUUAGGGCCCACCCCAAUGGCCUCAUUAAAUUCAAUCUUUUUUGACAUAUGCAUAUGGAAGUUCCUGGAUUUCAGUGCUGAGGAGAUAGAGGCUACCGGCAUCCAUAUGUCUGCCUCUGCGAUCUUCUCUGGAAAAGGUCUCUGACGAAGAGAACAAAACUCCUGCUUGAUGUCACAGCUUGAGUAAGAGGAAUGGGAUGAGUUCUAGGCAGCCACCAGCCGCCAGGAGAUGGCUGAAAUAGAUUACUGGAAAAUUCAAGGCCAAUCAAUAGAAUUAUCUGGAGCUAAACUCUCUGGGACAAUAUUCAUCAAAUUGUCAUGCCCUAAUUGAGUCACAGUUUGUGUUCAUCACAGAUACGGUGAGGUCUAAGGAGGAUGGAGAAGAGUGAUUGUGGUAGCAGAUAAAAGACAAAUGAAUCAGUGGGAUCAAUGGAGAUGACCAAGUUUGGUGAGAAGACAAUAUCAUGACAGAAGGUGUCCAGAGACAGAGUGAGAACCAGAUACAGGAACAGGAUCCUGUGCCAUGCUCCAGGAAAAGCAUGGAAAAGGCAAGUGAUGAGGGCAGAAGACAGUUCUACAAGAAGAUGAAGUCCGUACACACAAAGGGCUGGGAAGGCAGAAACAUAGUGGUGAGGGUGAGCCAGAGAGAUGUGGGGAGCAAGGACUCAUGGCAGAGAAGACCCUGGUUUACUAAGAUGAGAAAGUCAACUGUGAAGGUGAACUAAGAACACAUGAAGGAUGAGUGGAACCCAGGGGCCAGAAAGUCUUUGAAGGCAGAAGAUAUAAGACAAUUUAUAGGCAGGAAGAAAAACAUUAGUGAAAAUAUGCAGGCCAAUGUCAGAGGGGCAUUGGAUGGCAGAGAGAAGGCCAGUGAUGUGAGUAAAAGGAGUGCUGCAGGAACAGACCCAGUGUGAAGUUGUGA